AUUAGCGAAACCAACCAAAACUCAUGAAAAUGAGCCAUUCAGAGGUUUCAGCUUCGGCAUGACGUGUGCUGUGAUGUCUAAAGCUGUUUAUGUUUGCACAGACCGCCGAAGUCACUCUUUACUUUUCAGAUCCUAAAACUACAGCUUGAUUGAAGAAGUUUGUUGGAGUUAUUCGUAAAGAGAAUUUGUUUUUGUUUUGUUAAAGUGGAGGUACAAUGGAGGACAAGAAAACUGUAAACUUCAUGAGACUCUUAUCAGCUGAGAGCAGCCUGUCUUCAGACUCCUGUGAGUACUAUCAGACAGAGAUAUUUGACCUGCUGCCCAGCAUCCAGGCUUCACGGCCAGAGCAAAACAGACAUGGUCCUUUGGGAGCCAGUGACACCUACGGAUGUGGUACAGAGCCAACGGAGGGCCAUUCCAGUACGCACCUGUCCAGAGGACCCAGAGACAAAACAUCUAUGCAGCCACUCAAGAACUUGGCAUUGUGCAUGCAAGGCAAGAGGGGAGCCAGGGAAAGGAGGAAGAUACAAAGAAGCAACAUAGGUUCCUGGCAGUCCUGGAGGCGGAGUCAAAGCAUCAGCAUGAAGAGGGUGUGGACUCAGAUGGGAGAUUCUCUGUCCAGACUGCUGCCAUUGCAGCACACUCUUCACCAAAUUGAAGGCAGGUUUGGAGUAGGCGUGAAAGCCUAUUUCGUUUUCCUCAGGUAUCUGAUUUACUUGAACCUACUACACUGCAUUCUCGUCUGUGGUUUCAUUGUGGUACCAACGGUAGUUUAUGGCACUAACAAAAGAAAUGAGCUGGUGUUCAACGAAAGUGACUCCGUUUUAGAUUUCUUUCUUGGAUCGGGCUUCCUGAAUCGGACACCUGUUUUCUAUGGCUUUUACACUUCCGGCUUUCUGCAUUUUCCCUGCUUGAACAUACCUCUGUUGUACUUUGAGGGAAUCAUCACCAUCCUCUUCCUCAGUCUCAUUAUGGUGGUCCGCAGAACAACCAUUGGGUACAAGCACACGUGGAUGCUCGGGAAGCGUUACAGCAUGAAUGUGAGUUUUAAGAUCUUCUGUGGCUGGGACUUCACCAUUCAGGACCCUUCAGCCGCUGCUCUCAAACACAGCUUCAUCAGAAAUGACCUCAAGUUGUUUCUGGAGGAGCACAGCUUCUCCUUGCGAAAAGCGCAGAGGACACUCGGCCAGAAGGUGCGUCUCUACCUGCUCAGAUUCAUCCUCAACCUCCUGGUUUUAUCCCUUCUUGGUGGAGCCUUUGUCCUCAUCUACUUCUCUAUAACUGCAUCAUCCGGGGUUUCCCAGAGUAUGCACACCUGGGUGGUCAGUCUGAUCUUUGAGUAUCUCCCUCCCAUUACCAUCACUUUCGUGAACCUACUUUUUCCUCAUAUCUUCCGUAAGAUUUCAUCUUUUGAAGACUACUCUUUCACUAUGCAAGUGAAUACCACUCUUGUGAGGAGCAUCUUCUUGAAGCUGGCAUCCCUCGGCAUCUACAUAUUUUUCAUCUUGAGAGGAAGUAACAAAGGCUGUGUGGAAAAUCAGUUUGGCAGAGAGAUGUACAAGCUGUGCAUCUUCAGCUUCCUCACCACCUUCUGCAGCACCUUUUUCUUGAACUACCCCAGGAAGUUGCUGCAGGAGAAGUAUCCUACAUCCCUGGUGGCCCACUUGUUCGGGAAACAGCGUUUCCUCAUUCCCUUUAAUGUGCUGGAUUUAGUCUAUGGUCAGACUGUGUCCUGGAUGGGAGUCUACUACUGCCCCCUGCUGCCUCUGAUAGGAACUGUCAUACUAAUGGCCACAUUCUACAUCAAAAAGUUCAGUGUCCUGCGGUGCUGUGUUGCAGAGCACCGAAUGUUUCGAGGCUCCAACUCCUCAGUUUUAUUCCACCUCAUGCUGCUGUUGGGUCUUCUCAUGGCUGCAGUCACACUGGGUUUCAGCAUCUACCAACAAAAAGAAAACUUUGAUAAAAGCCCCGUGUCCUCCUGUGGUCCAUUUGCAAAUGGACGCAGCGUGUUUAAUGUCACAGGAGACUGUGUGAAAAGUCUUCCAACUCCGGCCCAGACCACACUCCGCUUCCUGAUGUCUGAGGCCUUUGCCCUGCCUCUCAUACUAACUGAGAUCAUCAUCCUGACCUCCUAUUUGUCUCGUGGACGAGCAAAUCGGAAAGCUAUUGAAAGACUGAAAGACAUGUUGGUUAUGAGCAGCUCAGAUAAGCGUUUCCUAGUGAAGCAGCAUACCACCCUGCUGAGAAGUCGAAAGAACACGAACAGAGUCCGCUCAGCUGCUGCAGAGGGAGACACCAGCCUCCGUCACUGAGAGGAAGACCCUCCGUGGAUCAACAACACCUGAAGAACCAUUUCUGCAAAGAUGCUUCAGCUUUUAUUUUAUUUUCGUUUAUUUCGGCAUGUUUAUAUAGACACAUUUCAUCUCCAGAACAUUAUACACUGCAUACUCAGCACAUGACGAAAAGGGUACGGGAGAAGCUGACGCUUAUCAAAGUCCCGCCCCGUUCUAUGUAAGAUUCAUGAUCACAUCAACAACAGAAUUCAGUAAGAUACAUAGUUUACCACAUAGCAAUUUGUCUAAUUUCAUCCUUCACAGUCCAGAUAGCAUGUAUGUUUGUACACGUGUCCAGUCCACUCAUCCUGAUCACCGUUCCUGUGAUUUACUACUGUGUCCACUGUUCAGUUAUUUUAAUGUCCAAGCCUCUUUUUGCAUGCAAUCCACUUUGCAAUGGAGGUGCGUGUGUCAAUGCAAUUUUGAUUAGUCGCCGUCCUCUGGCUCUCUAGCCGCCUUUGCCCCCUCCGCUCGUACUGACUUCAUCUCCUCCCGAGCUUUGGACACCUCCGACCAUACACUGGUCAGUCUCUCCUGGAUGUCAGCGAGGCCAGAGAGCAGCUCUGCCUGAUCAGCUCUCACUUUUCUCAACUUUUGUAGCAUCCAGACCCCGCCAAGCCCUAGGAUCACUAGGCCCACCGUCAUGCCCGUGAAUAUAUAGACGUCUUCCACGUCUUCUAUAUCCAACACCCCAAGACACACUACUUUCCACUUAUUCCAGCUGUCCAUGGUGUAUCCCGCCAAGAAUGUCCCAUCUGGACAGGCCGGUUCCCUUGUCCCAGCACGCCGUGUAGAAAAAAUCUUGUCAAUAGCAUUUACUGACCAGUUCAGAAUCUCCAUUCUUGAUUUUAUGUUCUGCUUGGUCGUGAUAUCUGCUGUGCUGUGAUAGAGCUCAAUGUCACACACACACAUUUUAUAGUGACUUUGUUUAGUCUCCAUGUUUUGUUUCCAUGCUAGGUGCUCCCGUGCUGAAUUUCCCACAUUGCCAUUGUUUUGUACACAUAGCCAGACAUUGCCUUCGUGUACCUAGGUUUGAUAAUCCUUCAAUAACAGUUUCUUUAACCCAUGUUUGAAAACAGUUAAAUUUCUUGCUAACUUUAAUUCAUUGUUUAGGCUAUUCCACAUUUUCACACCAGCUACUGACAAACUAUGGCUUCCCAUCGUUGUCCUUAUCUUUUUCUGUUGAAACUGCAGCAAGCUGCGCAUGCUGUGAGGACCUUGACUAAGAGUGAACAAUUUCUGAACAUUUACUGGCAAUGUGUUGCUUUGUAAAUUGUUUGUAGCAUCUGAAAAUGAAGUAUCUCUCUCAGUUUUAGAUAUUUCGCCUUUAUGAACAGUUCGUUCGUAUGUGCCCUGGCUGGGACAGAAUGAAUGAUGCGAAGCGCUUUUUUUUGCAAUUUAAAUAUUGGUUCUGUAAUGCCCUUGUAAGUGAAACCCCAAUUUUCUACACAGUACCUCAUAUGUGGGACUAUUAGUGCCGAAUAUAUGGUCUUAAGCGAGUUUAAAUUGAGAGAUUUCUGCAAUUUCCACAGAAUAGACACACUCCUUGCCAUCUUAUUUUGAAUUAUUUUUACAUGUGGUCGCCAUGUCAAGAGGUCAUCCACUAAUAUACCCAGAACCUUAUGUUCCCUCACUCUUUCUAUAUUGUAUCCAUUAACUUGCAAGUUUAUGCUUUUCCUUACAUUAUUUCUCCCAAAUAACAUGAAUUUGGUCUUUGCCAGAUUUAGUGAUAAUUUAUUUAUAUUAAACCAUGUAUUUAGUUUUGUCAUUUCUCUGUUAAUCGCUUUUUCCAGUAUAUUCAAGUCGUUUCCUGAGCAGAAAAUAUUUGUAUCAUCAGCAAAUAAAAUAAGUUUUAAUACAUCAGAUGUUUUGAUUAUGUCAUUGAUAUAUAGAGUAAAUAGCUUAGGGCCUAAGACUGACCCCUGUGGGACCCCACAGACGACAUCCAGGCAUGUAGACGUAUUUGUUCCCAUCUGGACAUAUUGGACUCUACCAGAUAGAUAGCUUUUGAUCCAUCUUAAAGCUGUAUCUCUGAUACCGUAAUCAUAUAAUUUUUCAAUCAAAAUAUCGUGAUUUAUAGUGUCAAAAGCUUUUUUGAGGUCAAUAAAGAUGCCUACUAUAUAUAAUUUGUGGUCAAGCGCAUCUUUAAUCAGUUCUAAGGACUCUGUGAGGGCAAGUGCUGUCGAAUGUUGCUUUCUGAACCCGUAUUGGCUAUCACACAGGAUGUUGUGUUCAGUCAUGAACUUUUCCAAUCUGCUAUUAUAGAGUUUUUCUAAAAUCUUUGAACACUGCGGCAAUAAGGAGACCGGGCGAUAGUUUGUAGUCAUAUUUAUAUCACCACUUUUAUACAAUGGUAAUACCUUUGCUAUUUUCAUCUUGUCUGGAAAUACACCGGUUUUGAAGGAUAAGUUACAUAUGUGCGUGAGUGGUGUUAUAAUUCCUUUUUGUACCGCCUUCAACAGUCUCAUGUCAAUUUCGUCUACAUCUACUGAAGAUUUACAUUUGCACUGUGUGAGGGCAUUUACAACUUCUGCUUCAGUGACUGGUUCAAGUAACAGACAUGAAUUUUUAGUGAUUGUAUUCUUAUCAGAGUCAAAAUGGUCCCAGCGCAAUGGUGAUUCAGGGAUGUCCUUGGCCAGCUGUGGGCCAACAUUUACAAAGAAUUUAUUGAAUUGAUCCACAAUCAAGUUCCCGUCAGACACCGUCUCAUUAUUUAUAAUAAGGUGGUCUGGGAGUGUGACCUUUGGUUUCCGACCUGAUAUUGAAUUCACUAUACUCCAGAGUUUCUUGUUAUGAUUCUUGUUAUCUGAUAGUAGUUUUUCAUAGUAAUCCUUUUUUUGCUUUCUUAGUGCACUAUUUAUCUUAUUUCUAUAUUUUUUAUAUUUGGAUUCAGCUAUUUCUGUUCUGUCUCUGAGAAAUUGUUUAUAUAAAAGGUUUUUUUUCCUACAUGCAUUUACAAGUGAUUUCGUAAGCCACGGUGUGGCUUUCUUUUUUGUUUUGUCUGUUAUCUCCCUUGCAGAGCAAUGUUUAUGGUACAGUCCUGUGAGAGUCUUCAGGAAUUCAUCAUACGCUUUGUUUGUUUCUGUUUCAGAGAGCACAUGUCUCCAUGUCUGUGUCAACAGCUGACUCUCCAAUGCGUUCAUAUUCUUUUCAUUUCUUAUCCUAACUAACUUUCUUUUUUUCGUCUCGCUCUUUACAAUAUGAUUCCACUCACACAUUGCAAAGACUGGUAGAUGAUCAGAGAUAUCGCAUAUCAAUAGUCCACUCACUGGAUCUGCUUCUAAGACAUUUGUAAAUAUAUUGUCAAUUAGUGUGGCACUAUGUUUGGUAAUUCUGCUGGCCAUUGUAAUUAAGGGAUGCAUACCUGCCGCAUACAUACUAUUUAGAAAGUCAUCUGUCCCAGCGUUGUUGUUUGGGUUUAAGAUAUCGAUAUUAAAGUCUCCGCAUAUGAAAACAUUUUUAUGCUUUGUCAGAGAGAGUAGUUCUGUCACACUAUCACUGAAUAAUUCUAACUUUGAAUCCGGGGCUCUAUACAGACAGGAUAUUACAGUAUUUCUCCCUUUACACAUAGAUAAUUCUACAGUUUUCUGGCCGUCCUCAGAAGACCCGGAGCAGAUCCGGGUCGACCAAAAGCCAGCAGUCAAAGAGAUGAUGACUUCUCACUUUUACCAGUAUUAAUAACUCGGGUAUUCAUGUAACCUUUAUGUGAUGGAUUUUGUUGCUUGUUAUGUGACUGAGCAAUAUUCAACAUCUCUGCAAGUGUGUUGAUUCAUCAUACUUUGUUUCUUUUUAUGUGUAUGUAUUAAUUAAAUAAAUGUAAAAUUAAAAAGUAUUAAUUAUGUUUAAAUGAACAAUAUAUGUGCAUGAAUAUAUUUAAAAAAAUGUUUAAGUUUGUUACGCUCCAAGAUGUACGUUUUU